AUGGAUCGUCGCAUUCGCGACUUACAGACGACCCAGGCCCACCGCGAGAAUCUACCACUCUGCAACGACCGAGAUCUCAACGAGCAGCCCGGCAGUGCCAUCCAGAAUGGAGAUGGAAAUCGGCAAUUCAACAAUUUCGGGACGGGCACGCAGAAGAAUGUCGAUGGAAACUACUUUGAGGCGAAGGGCGAUCAGAAUUUCGUUACGAAAAUAAAGCAUAUUUAUAUAGAAAGCAGUAGACCCAAAGCCUGUCGCGUAAUCCCCUUCCCUCGUAACGAGGACGUCGUCGAUCGUACCCACAUCUUCGGCCAACUUGACGCCCUCUUGCCACCGGCGUCCGAAUACCAGAGUGCCGCCCUGUGGGGACUCGGCGGUUUCGGUCGAAGGAAAACUCAGGUGGCACUCGAAUACGCUUACCGCCGGAGCCGCGACCCGCCCUGCUCGGUGUUCUGGGUCCACGCUGACAACGAAACGGCAUUUACGCAGGACUACAAGAUGAUUGCAAAGAGGCUGGGCUUGGCGGAUGGUCUGGAUGGACCGGAAUUGUUAACGGCCGUGCGCGAGCGGAUCGAGGCGGACCCGUGCUGGCUGCUCAUUCUCGAUAACGCGGACAACCUUGCAGCGUUUGGGGUCGGCCGGACACAAUCAGGCAGGGACCAGGGUCAAGGCGUAGGAGAGAAACACAGUUUGUACAAUUUCGUGCCGCGGGGCCCCGCAGGGACGGUGCUGUGGACGAGCCGUGACGAGCAGAUUAGCGGCAGCCUUGUGGGUGCCCAGCGAGGGAUCAACAUCGCCCGUAUGACGGACAAAGAGGCCAUGACGCUUCUCGAGACAGUUAGGAACAGGAAGAUUGACGAGGACGAGUUAGACGAUGCUGCACAGCUACUUGCCGAGCUCGACUGGCUCCCGCUCGCCGUAUCCCAAACUGCCGCAUAUAUACGGAGGAUGAAUUGGAGUUUGACCGACAUCGAAGGCCCGGGCUGUCGAACUGUAUUUUUAGAGACGUGGGAUAUCUCGUUGCAACAAAUCCGGCGAGAGAACGAGAUGGCAUACGAUAUCCUCCACGUUCUGGCCUUUUUGGACAGCCAGAACAUCCCACUCGAGAUCAUGAUCAAGGCGGCGGCUCUUCGUAAGGAGAAUAUGACGGACGAUAGGCAAGGCGACGAAAGCGCUAGAAGCGUCAGCUUUGGAAGCGACAGCGAGGAUGACGAUGAUGAGGUCCUUCAUGCAGCCAUCCGUCUCCAGGAGUUCUCGUUCCUACAUCUUCGCACAUCCGAGGGUAUGAGCCAGGCUUAUGAGAUGCACAAGUUAGUACAGGAGGCCGCCCAAUAUGCCUUAAGCAGGAGGGACCGGCGGAAGGAUGAAGCGAGUUUCUCAAAGUUGGCCCUCCGAGUUGUUGUGGACCUGUUUCCAGAACGUCGACGGGAACUCUGGUGGGAGUGUGAGGAAUACGUGGUUCACGCACAGCGAGCGGGAGAAUGGGCGGAACUGUGCGGAGAGGAGAUUGAAGCGUCGGACCUUUUGAGUCGAGUAUCGAACUACAUGUACGAUCGUGGGAGGUGGAGAGAGAAGGAGCCAGUAGACAAGAGGGCCUACGAAUUUCGACAAAAGAGGCUCGGGAAGAGGCACCCCGACACGAUUUGGAGCAUGGCGUCUCUAGCCGUGACAUACCGCGCCCAGGGGAGGUAUGAGCAGGCGGAGAAGAUCAAGGUGGAAGUGCUGGCGCUACGGCGCGACGUUCUCGGCGAGAAGCACCCCGACACUCUCCGGGCCAUGUACGACCUCGCCAUUACCUGGAAGAGCCGACAGCAAGGUCUUGAGGCGUUGUCUAUGAUGCAAGAGUGUUUCCAGUUGCAGUUAAUCGCUAGCUGGGUCUAG